AUGUCUACCACGGCCAGCACUCUGCCCCCCGCGCAGAAGAAGCCCAUCAACAACAUGGAAUCCCAAAAUGACGCCAACAACUCCCCUUUCUCCAAGCCUGCCAGUAAGCCGUCGACGGCCUCAAGCAUUGCAGUCUCCGAUACACCACAGGGAUACGAGUUUGAGCUAUGGCCCGCCUCCGCUAUCGAGGACCCCAACCAAUACCGCCGCGGCGGCCAUCACCCGAUCCUUCUCGGCGACCACCUCGGUCCUUCCACCAACCCCUCCCGCUUCCGCGUCUUUCACAAGCUCGGCUACGGCAGCUUCGGUACUAUCUGGCUAUAUCAGGAUAUAAACGAAAUACGCAACAACAAGAGGUGGAAGUGGCGGGUCGUCAAGGUCAUGUCGGCGAAGGCGUCGAACUUGAAGGGAGGCAACGCAAAUCUGAAGGUCAUGGAGAUGUUCGAGGGCAUUAAUAGGGACUUACUAAAGAUAAAAGGAGUAUCGAUCCCGAUGGAGACUGGGCCCGGAGACGACGGGGCUAGCCAAUCGGAGGAGCAACUGCUAGCAGUCCUUAGCGAGCCUGAGCGUGCUGCGGUAGUCAUAUGGGAUGAUGCACAGGAGCCGCAGCCUGUCACAGGCAACCCGAGCGUGCCUGAGUACCUGGUUGGCUGCGGCGACAUUGCAUACGGCUCUGGCUUGGUAUCGAUAAAGAUCGCCGUUGUUGAUUAUGGCGUCGCGUAUCCUUCUUCCGACCACCCGGAGCUGAUCGGAGUUAAGGCGGACAUCUGGUCGCUGGCCACCGCUAUAUUCGAGAUUCGCUUCGGCUUUCCGCCCUUCGGCACCAACAACCACGCCCCCAGCUCCAUUCCCAACAUGGAGGAGUCCAUGGGUCCUAUGCCGCCUCCUUUCCGAACUACAGUUCGAGAGUGGUACAAGCUUCCCGCCGAAACAGACAAGGAGCUACAGGGCAAGAGCAACUCAGAGCUGUCGUAUGUUACUGCCAACCCCGAGGAGCUGGAAAAGAACCGCAAGUUUCACUUGGAGGAGCGAGGCGCCAAAGACCCCAUAAUCUUCCGCAUCUUGUAUCCCCGCAGCACGAACAUUAGCCCCGCGCAGGCAGAGGACAUCGCCAAUCAGGCCAAGAGCAACCCGGCGCAACUGCCAUUGUGGACGCCAAUCCCACGAAACCCCGACAGACUCGCCUACUACACCCGAAAGGAUUAUCUCAAGCUCGUUCCUCCUAAGGAAGAGGUCGAACAGCCAAAGGACAGAGCGACCAUUGAGCAGAUCAUGGAGCACCCUUGGUUCGAGGGGCGCAAAGAGCGCAAAGUCACUGUCAUCAGACCGACCAUCACCACGUCAGAAUCCGGCAUUGUCGGUUCCAUUUCCACCAAGUUGGGACAAGUCAAGGCGAACAUCAACAGCUGGCUCAACAUUCUUUUCUGGGACAAAGAGAAGAAAAAAACAAUAGGUUCGAACAUCCUCUCGCGCUAUGUCUGGCAGCCCACUUCCAAGACCUUCGGCAAGAUCUCUAGGGUUCCUACUGCCAUCUUUUGGCUUCUCAUAAUUAUUCCGGCGGCGUGGGUUAUCAAGAGAAGGAUCGAUCGGGGUCGCAAUGUCUUCUCUCCCAGCAGUGUCAGAGGCCUUCGGCAUUGA